GAAUACCUAUCACCAGUGCAUCGUAUUUUGCCACCAUGACGCUUGACCAAGUUAGGCAUGUGUUUCGCUCUGACACAGAAGUGCCCAUACCUUUGAUUGAAGAAAGACAUCAGGUGCUGAAUGAAAGCGGAACAGUUCUGUUAGAGAAGUUUGGAGGCUCUUUCCUCACCUGUGUUAAAAUGAGUGAGAAAAGUGCUCAGAAACUACUACGUCUAGUACUGGAAAAUUUUCCUUCUUACAGAGAUGAAGCUGUAUUUGAGAAAAAAAAGGUGUCUUUCUACAAACGGGCACAAAUACUUGUGGCUGAUACAUGGAGUGUAUUAGAAGGCAAAGGAGAUGGCUCUUUUGACGACAUUUCUAGUCUGACUAUAUUUGCUGACUACAGAAUUCCUCAAGUUCUUGUUCACUUAAAAGCAAUGAAGUAUUCCGAAGAACUAAUGAAGAAACUACGUGAAGGAACAAUUUUCCAGUCUGGAGAUAAGGAGGAGGUGGAGAUCCGUGGCUGUUCUAUUUGGUGUUGUGCGUUGAUUUGUAAGCACCUGCUGGAGCUCUAUGAGAAGAAGGGUCAGGACAUGCGUGGAAAGAUCAAUGCGGUUUUACUCGAUUAUCAUCUCUGGGACUAUGCCAGGGAUCACAGGGAAGAGAUGAAAGAUACUCCGUUUCACCGCGUACGGUGUAUAUAUUACUAAGACCAGUCCGAUAGCUAUUGUAUCGAUGCAUUAUCUUUUGAAUUGCAAGUAUUCUUGUCAUACACUAAUUUG